AUGGCUCGCAAUAAAAACGUUCCGCGAAUGUUAUGUCGGUUGGUCGUCUUCAGUAUGUGUGUAUUUAUAACGGAAUGUCGAAGGACUAAAAGAGUAAUUGGUGGUGAUGAGGUCGCUUGCGUUCUUAGCUUCUCAAAAGGUACACAAAUCCGGGUGGCAUCGCUAAGAAAUUCAUCAAAUUCUCAACAUUUAUGCGGAGCAACAAUAUUAACAUAUAAUAACGCCCUCACCGCAGCGCACUGCGUUAAUAAUGAGCCUGAAGAUUAUUAUUUACAGUUAAACAAUUAUUGCAAUGAAGGGAAUCAUGUGCCAAAAGCCACUAUUAUAAACGUCGUUAAACACGAUCAAUACAAAAUAUUAUCUCAUGUGCACGACAUCGCCGUCUUGCGUAUAAAACUCAACUUCAUAGGCGAAAUUUUCGACGGCUCAAUAAUACCCAGUACUUCGUUCGGCGUAUCAGGUAAGUGCACAAUAUACGGAUACGGGAACAGAGACGCGCUGAACAAAGGCACAACGGAAAGUUUGCACUCGGCAGAAGUGAAACUUAUUUCAUUAGAUGAAUGUACAACUUCUCUUGGACCGUACGUAGCUCCCAAGGCUGAUAGUGGAAUGAUUUGCGCUAUCGGAGACGGCGUUGAUGCUUGUCAGGGCGACUCCGGUGGACCACUAAUAUGCAAUGGAUAUAUUCAGGGAUUAAGCAGUUACGGGCUUGGAUGCAAUGUACCAAAAAUGCCUGGAGUAUACACCAGCGUUGGCGCCCAUUUGAAGUGGUUGAAGACAAUUUGUGACAUUUAA